AUGCCGUAUGCAAAAACAGGAGAUGCUGUUCUUCCCACCACAGCUGGAACUGCAAAAAGAGGGAGCGAGCGGAGAGUUGGCGGCCGAGGGGCGGGGAGCGGAGCGGGACGAACUGCCCGAGCUGGCGGCCGCCCGCCCGGGCCAUGUCGCGGCGAGACGGCGGCGGGACGGGGCUGCCCGCCCGCUGCUCUGGCUGGCGCUGUGCGCGCUGUGCCCGCUGUGCCGCGGGAGCGCCCUGCCCUCAGGGCCCGGCCCGGCGCCUGCAGCCCCCGCUGCCGGCACGGCGGGCUCUGCCUCGGCAACGGCACCUGCCUCUGCUCCAAGGGCUACGAGGGCGAGCGCUGCCAGCACGCUACAUGUUAUCCAAAAUGCAAAAAUGGUGGGGAGUGCCUCCGACCUGGAAAAUGCAGAUGUCCACCUGGAUAUGGAGGUAGAUACUGUCAUAAAGUAAGCUGUGAAGGAGGCUGUCAAAAUGGUGGGGAAUGCGUCUCUGUCAAUGGAGUUGUGAAGUGCCUUUGUGCUUCUGGCUGGACAGGAUCAAGAUGCCAAGAAGCAAUUUGUCCUCAAGGUUGUCGGAAUAAUGGAGCUUGUGUGGCUCCUGGGAUUUGUAGCUGUCCAGCUGGAUGGGUCGGUGGAGCAUGUCACUUAGCUGUAUGUAAACUACCCUGUCAACACGGAGGGAAGUGCAUAGCUCCAAACGUGUGCAGAUGUCGACUGCCAUACUCUGGUCUACAGUGCACAAAGAAAAGGAAGGAAUGAAGCAACUUCAGCAAAGAUAAGCUGCUUUAUUUUUUUUUUUUUUUACAUAACCAUCCAGAGAUGAAGUCUGCAGAAGUGGGGGACCUUAAAAUAAACAUGGUAACUAACUGAUUUCAAGUAGCUUUUUGUCCUCACUAUAUUAAGUAAAUGCUUUUCUAUAUGAAAGUGUCGCUGAUUGUAACAAAGUUGUUUUAAGUAUUCAACUGUGUGUAGUGUAUGGCACAUUUUCUUCUGUUCCCAUUUUUUCUUAAUAAGCAGAAGUGUUAUGUCUUGGUUGAUACAGCUGACCUUGAAAUAAAAUUUGUUCUUCAAAUCAA